CCCAGUUUAUAAAUAUUUUUAAAUUAAGUGUGACGUUUACACUGCUCGCAAGUAUACACUGCUCGCAAGGGGCGAGGUAGGAAGGAAGGAUUUAUUUUUAAAUGAACAACCCUUGGGCGGAAAUUCACCACUCGUUCAUCCCUCUGAUUGCGUUUUCAGCCACUGGUAACUUGCGCUACAGUCAAUUAUGAGUGCAUGUCUACUUAUAUUAAAUAUAUAAUUAUUAAUAUACGUAUAACUAGCAAAUAAAUUAGCUAACUGACAUUAGCCUGCCCAGCUGGAACUUCUGAAGGAAAAUGUUUUAUUUCUACACUUUCCAAUAGAUAACCAAACAAAAACAAACUUUUUACAUAGUAGCAACAUUUCUAACUUAUUGGCAUUCGUUUUUACUUACACUUGCAUGUUGACUUCUCCAUUGAUGUUUAAGUUUUCGCAGACUUUUCUUAGCGGAGGUACCAUUGUCGCCGAUUGAAUUAUGGGGCGUUUCAGGCCCGGAGUGAACAUAAUUGUACACUCGCAAAGCCGACUGAAAACGAGGACUGAGGGGCUUACUUUGCAAACUUCCCUUGCUUGGCUAAUCAUUUGGACCACCCUCCAAGAUGGCGAUGGAGAUUCCCCCAAGGGCAAUAAGGCGAGGGCUCUGGGGAAUCAUGAGUUUGACAAUAACGUGGAGGGACUUAUCAAGCCGUUUCUCCAGGAGGUGAAGUGCACCGUCCUCAGUGCUAACAUCAAAGCAGAUGACACACUUGCCCCACACAUCAGCGGGCUUUAUUUCCCAUAUAAGAUAUUUGAUGUUGGCUCUCAGAAAGUGGGCGUGGUUGGAUACACUUCAAGGGAAACACCUGCCCUGUCACAAACCGGACCUAACUUAGUGUUUGAGGAUGAGAUUGAUGCCCUUCAGCCCCAGGUCGACAAACUCAUCACCCUGGGGGUCAACAAGAUCAUCGCCCUCGGUCACUCUGGUUUCGUUACGGACAAAGAAAUAGCCAGAAGGGUGAAGGGCGUGGAUGUGGUCAUUGGAGGACACAGCAACACAUUUCUGUACACAGGAGAGAAACCUUCCUCUGAGGUUCCGGCAGGUCCUUACCCAGUCAUGGUGAAAUCAGAGGAUGGGCGGGACGUCCCUGUGGUGCAGGCCUUUGCUUUUGGGAAAUAUCUGGGUUACCUCAAGGUGACAUUUGAUGAGGCUGGCAAUGUGGUCCAGUCCACAGGCAACCCCAUCCUGCUGGACAGCUCUGUACCAGAGGACCCCAGUAUUCUUGCUGAAGUAAACGAGUGGAAAAAGGCCCUGGCAAAUUACUCCUCGCAGUAUGUGGGGGAGACCCUGGUGUAUCUCAAUGGAACGUUUGAAGAGUGCAGGUUCAGAGAGUGCAACCUGGGAAACCUAAUCUGCGACGCUAUGGUACACCACAACAUUAAAUAUGCCGAUGAGCUUCAGUGGAACCAUGUCAGCUCCUGCAUCGUCCAAGGGGGAUCAAUACGGUCAUCCAUAGAUGAACGCAGCCGAAAUGGUUCCAUCACGAUGGAAGACCUGAUUGCUGUGUUGCCGUUUGGAGGCACCUAUGAUCUGGUGCAGCUGAAGGGCUCCACUCUGAGGAAAGCUUUUGAGCACUCUGUCAGGAGAUAUGGAGGGAACACAGGGGAAUUCCUUCAAGUAUCAGGAUUCCAUGUAGAGUAUGAUAUGUCAAGUCCCCCAGGGGAGCGUGCCAGGAGUAUCAGUGUGCUCUGUACGAACUGCCGGGUGCCCGUCUAUGAGCCACUGGACAACAGCAGACUAUACAAGGUGGUCCUGCCCUCCUACUUGGUGGAAGGAGGAGAUGGAUUCUCCAUGAUCAAAGAGGAGAAGCUGAAACAUGACAGUGGUGACAUGGACAUUUCGGUCGUGGCCAGCUACAUUACUGAGAGGAAGAAGGUGCACCCAGCUGUAGAAGGACGUAUCAAGAUUUCCAACUCAAAUUCAGGAGGAUCUGGACACACAACUUUGUUAAUCCUCAUAGGGCUGGUGAUGGCUCUGUCUAGGAGCCUAUGAGAUCCCUGCCUGCAACGCUAGCUUGCCAUUGGACGUGUUCUCAGCAUCCAAGGGAAGAGCUCAACUCUAGUUAGUCUAGAGAGUACAAAUUAAGGACAUUGGUGAAAUAUCCAUUAACAAGGCGCUUAGAUAUUUCUAUAUAAAUACUGCAGCUUGAUAUGCACUGUAAAUGACACACUGGACUUCUCUAGACAGGUUUUGCUUUGUCAAGUCUCAUGUACAGUAACUGCUGUCAAGCUCUUGCUCAAAUUCUGUUUAUAUAAUAGUACCACAUACAGUACCAACAUAAGCAAACUUCAACAGAGAUGGAAACAGAUUACCACUGGCUGUUUUAAUGUGUGCAGAGUAUGCUUGCUUAACCAGCAUUAGUUUAUGGGAGAAGAUAUACAAACAACGAGCUCUGUUUAAGCUCUUUGGGACUAGAAAGGAGAUAAAUGACUUGGUCAACCUUUUGUAAAUAUUUAUAGAAUUCUUUACUAUGGUCAUGAAUGCUAUACUGUUUUUUUUUUUUUUAAUAGGAUGGUAUAAAAUCUGAUUAGGACUUUCCUAAAGUUGGUUAGCUUGUUUCAGAUCCCUGCUAAAGAAAUACAUUGAGAACCAGAGGUCAUAAAUUCAGUUUCUCAGUUGUAAUUUGUAAAUAGCCUGUGAAAUGUUAUAUUUGGGUUAGUUGUGAUAUUGAAAUAAGCUUGGUAGUAGUACAUUUAGACAGAUGUCAAUGUUUGUCUAGCAGAUAUGUGAUUUUAAAAGCUGAUCUUGAACUAGCUCUCAUGCAACAACAACAAAAAAGUACAAUGCAGCAUUUCAAAAAGGAAACAAUGAAAUCCCUCAGUGAUGUGGCUUUGCUGCUCUCACCAUUGAUCAGAACUGGUUAAGGCCACAGGAGUAUUGAGGAAAAGGAACAUUCUCUCUCAACCUCCCAAAGGCUUUAUUCUUUACAGGGGCCAGACAUUCAUCUCCACCCACCGCUGGCACCAGUGGGGCAGAUGGAAAUCGUAUUAGGUCAUAUGCAGGACACAACCUCAAUUUAGAAAACUGAGAAGCUGACUUUAAACAUGGUCUCAGCUCAUUGCUUCAGCCUGCAUCUUUAUUUUUACAGCACACAAAUUAAACCAUAGUUACGGUCGGGGAAGGCCUCUUACAUUGACACAUCAAGAAAGGACCUCGGUGCAGCAGCCAGCAAGGAAUUAUUUAAGCCAGAUAAAAUAUGACAUUUGACCACCCAGUAAAAUCAAUAAAUAUAUUUUAUUAUUGUACAGUGGAAUGUUGAUAUAAUCCCAGAGACAUUUGCACUUUCGCUCCAGGGAAGAGAAGCGUGCUGUUAUCUACAUCCACUGGCUACUAUCGGCCGAUGGCUCUCUCUGUCCCUGCUGAAUAGACAACAUUAUCACGGUAUCCGCAGGAAGGUACACAAACUACAUCCUGGUACCUUCCUACUUUAUAAAUAAGCGUGUCUUAAACGUCUAAAUAGUUUGGAAAAGACAUGUUUGGCCUGUGUAUCCGAUUUUUAGGAAUUUACCUUGCCAAGCUCUGGAAACAGUUCUUCGACAGCAAUAUCCAUCAGAACGUAAGUCAUCUGAGGGGCAGAGGACAGAAACAAGAGAGAAAACGGAUAAUGCACCAUGAAACCUUGGCUGCAGAGAAAAUUGUCUCGUUGUUUGGCUUUACCUGCUUGUUAAGAAGUGGUUGCUGAAAACCGUCAAAGAGAAGCCUGAUGCCCUCGUAUUUGGCCUCCUGUCCGAUGCACUUUUCCACAAAGUCUAUGAGGUGAAAAGACAAAGACAUCAAUACAGUACAACGGAGGCCCGCUUAAUCCAUAAAAACAAACUAUACCUUUGGCAGGUGAUUCCAUCAAAUUAUGACUAAUUUCCAUGGAUGAUGUCAUUGCACUUGUUCAACAUGCAGUGUUUCUGCCAGGACAUGCUUUCAAAAGUAGGACCAGGCUUCUAGAGAUUAGAAUGAAACCGAUAAAUCAGGGAGUGUUCACCAGGCACAGGUUGUGUCCCAAAAUGGCAUCCAAUUCCCUUUAUAGUGCAUUACUUUUGACCAGGGCCCAUAUGCACAGGCAAUGGGACUUAUUGAUAUGAUGAAAUUGAAAAUAUCUGGGCUUGGUGAAAACUAUUCUGUGUCUGGAUGUCAUUUGUUAAUACAAUGUAACUUGCUUGGUGGCUAAUGAACUGUGAUUAAGACAUGAAUCCAUCAUGCUGAGAGCUAGAUAUCUAGAGAGUGCAUACUGGAUCUGUGCAGCACACGAAUACAGCAAAAGAAUACUAGAGAACAUGUAGCCAGUUCCAGUCUGUUUGUAUGAUAACAAUUUGGUGGGUGCUUAUAUUUUCUUAUUUCACGCAUGUGUGAUUUGGAAAUGUUUUUUUGCAUAUCCCAACUCACCGUCGGCGAGUGCCAGUCUGUUUCUGCUAUCAUACCAACUCCUUGUCAUAUCAUGUUUGUCAUGCCAUGACCAGGCUAAAAGCUUGGGUCUAACCUGGCAAAUAAUUCAUCAUCUCUUCGAAUGCCUUCUUGGCUCUUCUCUGCUUGUCUCCUAUAGUGAGUUCCUCACUGGUCUCACAGAACACAGCAUCUAAGAUAGGGCAGAAAACAUCAUCAUGAGUCUGGGAGAAGUAGAUCAAGGCAAGGCAAUUCCAGAACUUAAUGGACAGUAAUUCACAACAACAACAGUGAGAUUGGCUAAGCACUGAAGUGGAACAGCAACAUCUACAGUGAUUGUGUGUAUUGCCCUAAAACCCUUUGAUGGAGCCUUUUAGGAAGGAAAUAGGAGGGGUCGGGGAAGAAAAUCAGUCAAAGGUUUAUAAAGGGGGAAACAUUACUGAAGCAAUUCACCGUACCUCUGAGCAUGGUGACGAGAGAGACGACGUGGUGCUCCUGCAGGAUCACGUCCAGUUUGUGCUGGAUGUAGUUAUCCAUGUAGGCCUCCAGCGUGUUCUUGAACAAGAUCCGUCCCCCUGACAGGAUGUGGUGCAACCAGUCUGGCAUGUGGAACACCACUCGACCUGUCGGGUCAAACAAUCAUUUCAUCAAAUGUAUUUUGUUACAUGAGCAGUUGUCACAAACACAGUCUGGCAACACAGCACCAAACACAAUGAGAAGAAUCAUGGCUGGGUAAUAGGUGUGGGUCUGACAGUCCUGACCUUCCUACAACUAGCACUGGUGACGGUCACAAUUCUGUUUGUACACUUGCAUGAAUAUGGUUCUUAACAAAAGCUAUUUUAAAAAGCCAUUACACUUUGUUAUUAUCAUCAUGCCAUUUCAUUAUUAUUAUUUCAGGUUACUUAUAAAUAUGAAUCAACAAAUUAAGAAAUGCCAGGUUGGAGUGUCAUAUUUUCGUAUUGACAUCGCUAAUGGAGUCAAAAUAAAUAUAUGCGCCUA